UCUCUUCCUUUUCGACUACUUUUGCAGCGAAACAAACGACAGACAGAAGCCACAAACAAAAACAAAGAAAAAAAAUCCCAACAUUCUUAAAAAAACAUGGAGAUGAGUUUAACCCACAUAGUCAAACCACCUCCAUCUCUUGUUAACAAACAGUUUCUGUUUCCAACUAAAAGAAGAGAAAAAACCAUAUGUGUUAAGGCUUUGAAGAGUUCAUAUCGGAAAACAGCAACUUUAUCCAGCAACUGGGAUGUCUCUGAUUUAUCUGCUCUUACGUCAGCUUCAGCUCCAGCUUCGUUUCCUAGAUUUGAAGAGUUUGAUACUACCAACAUGCUUCUUCGUCAAAGGAUUAUCUUUUUGGGUUCUCAGGUGGAUGACAUGACAGCAGAUUUGAUCAUUAGUCAGCUGUUACUUCUGGAUGCUGAAGACUCUGAGAAAGACAUUAAAUUAUUCAUCAAUUCCCCUGGUGGCUCUGUGACUGCUGGAAUGGGAAUAUAUGAUGCUAUGAAGUUGUGCAAAGCAGAUGUUUCAACUAUCUGCCUAGGGCUUGCUGCAUCAAUGGGUGCAUUUCUCCUUGCUUCUGGUACGAAAGGAAAGAGGCUUUGCAUGCCCAAUUCAAGAGUGAUGAUUCAUCAGCCACUUGGAACUGCUGGGGGGAAAGCAACAGAGAUGAGCAUACGAAUAAGAGAAAUGGUGUACCACAAGGUUAAGCUGAACAAGAUUUUAUCAAGAGUUACAGGAAAGCCUGAACAACAGCUUGAAAUAGAUACAGACCGGGAUAAUUUCAUGAAUCCUUGGGAAGCUAAGGAAUAUGGGUUAGUAGAUGGAGUUAUAGAUGAAGGCAAGCCAGGGUUAGUUGCACCAAUUGCAGAUACAACUGCACCACCAAAAACCCGAGUAUGGGAUUUGUGGAAAGUUGAAGGGAGCAAGAAAGCCAAGAAGAAUUUGCCUACAGAACAUAAAAUUUUACAGAAUGGAAAUGCUGGAGGUCAAGGAAGUGAUGGCGGAAGAGACUCGGAGCAGGAAAAGAGUGAGCCUGCUCCGUUAUGAUAUCUGAGAGAUAUCUCAACUAGUUUGUGUGCCUAUAGGUCAUCCUGUGUUCGUUUCUUACAGUAUGCUUUUGACAAUGUAAGAUUGUAACAAAUUUUUCAAAACUCAAAGGUAACACAAAUUUAUUCAUAUUUAUUUUUGACCUCAA